AUGGGAAUGCCGAGUUUUCACCCGUUUUCGCCUACAAGGCUGGAUUGCGUCCGACUGCGUGAUGAGAAAUUUGCAGUGAAAGUUUGUGCUCCAUCGUCGCACCUUGCUCGAAAGGUCUCAAUCCACCCAGAAUGGGACUGGACUGUACAUCCCAGCUCGGCGGCCACAGAGAUCCACUUGGAACCUUCACAUCGCGAUCCGGGCCUCACGGAGUAUUUUGAAAGUCGUGAAGCCCAUGCGGGCCUGGCGAAGGCCAAUCGAGGCUUCGAGCGACGGUCGGCAAGCCCUGUUGUCGGCUUGGCCCGCAGAGAAUACGUCCAUCGGGCAAUUCCACAGUUUCCGUUAUGCUUAGCGAGUGGUGGAGCUUCGACUCUAGCGUCGCCCCACGUUGAGACGGGAAUGGCCUCUCGCUCGGAUGAUCGGAUAGGGGACGGCAUGUCCGAGCGACGGGGGUUUGUCAUCCAAAAUGGUACAUACCCAACUGGGAAUCUCCUCCUAUAUUGA